CAGAGGAAGAUUUAGAUCCAUAGCGUGAGAGCCAACAGAGAUAUCUAGUUUGACCUGGAAGGCGUGCAAGCACUGCCACCAUGGCAAGUGAAACUCCUGAGGCACAGGAGGAGCCGCAAGCUCCAACACACGAACCAUUCUCCAUGAAGUUACUGAGCACUGUGCAGGAGCACCGCAGCUUGAACGGCCUGAGGCACAACGACCACCUCAGGUACCGGCAGUACUGCAGCCGGCGACUACGUCGGCUCUACACGGGCUUGCGCUUCACGCACGGCAAGACCCGCUUCAAACAGGUGCCCUUCCCAGAGAACAUCGAGGAUGCAAAGUGGGUUUGUAUUCCUUUGGUUCAGACCGAGCGUGCCUGGGCAUUCGGAGUACAGCUGAAAGCCGACAACGCGGCAGCUUCUGCCGACAACUUGCGAUGGCGUCGCCACUCCGAACGAAAGUUUCGGAAGGCACAUUUUUAUGCCCAACACCUGGAGUCAGUUUGCAAAGUGCAUUUUGACCAGCGCACGCAGCUUGAAGCAGAGGCAUACGCGGCCUACAUUUCAGGAACAUGGCUUAAGGAGAGGGAGAACUGGGCUGAGGCAAAGACCAAAUUGGCACGCUGCAAGAAGCUCUGCGAGCACUUUCAGUUGGGUGCUGAUCAGGCGGAAGCUGCAGCUCUGCGAACUUAUCUCGAGGAGCUUGCUCCAAUGCUCCGAGAAUGCAGGUAUAACCUGGGGGAGGGUGAAGAGGAGGAGGAUGCGCUGAAAGUGGCAGCCGGCAAAAAGAUCGCACAGGAGAGGUCACCCUCCAGCCCCAAAAGUGCCUGCUGGGCUACGCUGAGCGAGGCGGUCCAGGGGGACAUGGUCUACCGCGGACAUCCAGUGUCCAUACCAUCCGACAAGAUCAGAUCCACGGUCAUGAGUUGCUUGGAGUCCGCCAAAGCAUUGCAGGCAGACACGGACUCUCAAGACGGUGGACCAGUUGCCACAGAAAAGUAUGGCGAGCUGUCCGUGAACUUUGGAGAUGUUCUCAAGGAUGUCCGUGGGGAGAUGAUGGCCGCGGGCGCCGAUGCUGACAUAGCUGAAUGGCGCAUUGCGGAGGCCUUCAUCAGAGAGGUCUCCAUUGGUCUGAGCGCCGAGCGGAACCUGAUGCUGCUCAGGGGGCAUUUGGCCAAGAUGGACGACAUAGAAGAUGUCAAUAGUAUCGACUCCCGCCGUCAUUGCCGACCGGAGGAGGGCAUGCGCUUUUGCGAGCUCGUCAAGGAGGAUCUCGCAGCUCUCACUGAGCUACCCGAAAGCUCAGGAGAAUUCGAGGCUGCGUUGACCGCCUACAAGAAGGUUAUCCAGGACUACAGAUGUUUGUACCUGGCCCUUUGCCACACAGCCAUUGGAAAGCUGCUGGAGGCAGCAGCCCUCCUGGAUUUGUUGUCCAACCGAAUCGAGGAGGCAGGCAACGAGGGUCCAUUGCCUCGCCUUCAGAAGCUCUUUCAGCAGAUGCAGGAGCCACUGCAGUCCCGAGUUGCUCGCUGGCGGUGUAGGGUUUUGGUGCUGUUGGCAAAGGCACACAAGAAGAAGCAGGAAUCCGAGGUGGAGGAGCCCACUGCAGCAGAGCAGACGAAGGCGAAGCAGGACCCACUUGCCACGUUCCCGCCGACAUUCCGGGACGUCCCGUGCAAGCCCCUGCUGUUUGACCUGGCCUUCCCGUGCAUCCAGCCUCCUAACCUGGACGAGAUCCUCCCCAAGAAACAGGAAGGCAAAGGUCGUCAAGCCGUGGCGGCUGUGGCUGGAGCACUCGGUGGCCUGGGCAGUCGGUUGGGCGGCUGGAUGGGAAGGAAGUAGAGAUUUGGUGUGGGACUGGCCCGACUGGCAGGAAAAAG